AUGACUGACCGCCUCCCAGAGUGGGCCACGGUAGCCCUGUCCGGAGGGGUGACCCACUCUCGCUACGCCCGCCACAUUCGCAUCGAGCAACCUUCACACUCCAUCAAAGGACGCUAUACCAUCGGGCCUGCCGCACAGGAUCAUCGUCCACCUCUGUACGAUGCACCACUGGAACAAGUCGUAGGCCAAACUAGCAGUAGCGCUUCUUUUGAGACAAAGGGAAGCGCCAUUAGUGCCGAGGUGUGGAUCAUGGGGGAUGACAAGUUGCAGGAAGGAGGAGCAGAGGAAGGACCGGCACUUCAUCGUCGACGCAAAAGCUUCGAUGAGCAGAGAAAAGGAGGUGUCACGGCUGGGGAUAGUCCGUCUAGGGGCAAGAAUCAGCCUGUCAGCGUAGCUGCCAAAAGCUACAUGGGCCGCAUUCACCUCUCCAUUCCGCAAUACACCCCCUCUCGUCCCCUCCAUCUACGAGCCAAAUCCCACAGCGGAUCCCUGCACAUUUGCGUUCCCCCAACCUUCUCCGGCCUCGUCUCAUGGAAAACGGAAUCAGGCGUUCUGAAGCUCUCUCCUGGCAUCAAGGCGCGCUACACCGGUCUAGGCGAAGCUUUCAAGCAUCGAGGAGUAGGCAUCGUCGUUGCCCAUGGACAGGCAUUGCCUGCAGGACAUGUAGUAGGUCAAGCCAAGGCAGUCGUGGAGAAGAAAGGUCUGCAGCCCAGACUGAUGAUGAGGGGGAGCAAGAGCAGACCAGGAAGUGCCGGUAGCGUUGGGCCUCAAUUUGGGGCAACACCAGCAACACCGUCAAGAGGAGUCUUGACCUCUGCCAACUCCUCCGCGUCCGUAUCGAGGGAAACGUCCAACGAUGGAUCCGCCACGCUCGUCUCAGGCAGGAGCUCCCCCAACCACUCUACGGCUCCUUCUUCUCCAACAAACUCACACAGCCCCUCACGCUCCCUCGUCUCGGUUGGUGACACUCCCAAUGGACCUGAGCUGGGUCUGCCUGCGCAUGCGGCAGCUACUAGUGCCACGGCUUCGGGAACUGCUACGAGGGGGGAUGCGUGCGAGCUGAUCACUACGUAUGGAAAUAUCCACCUGUACGAGGUUGGAGAGAAGCUCGCACUGGGCACUUCUGCUGCGGAUAGCUGCUGCGUCAUGUAG